AUGGACACGCUGAAGUUUGUCUUUGCCGAGAAUGUUGUGAACGUUAAGACGAAAGCUCUCAUCCAGGAUGUCUUAUACGAAGGUAGAUGGAAGGACAGUUCCGGUGCUCCUAUUAGUUCAGGAAACUAUAACGGGAGCGGAAGUGGUUUUGAAAGAAGCAGCUCUGAUUCCGACGUCAUUCAUAUUAAUGGAUUGGGAAGUGUCACUGGCUCUGGCUCUGGAGAAGAAAGUGACUCUGACUCUGGAGGAUGUGGCUCUGAUCCCGGCGCUUAUCCGUCAACUGAAACUGGAACCGAAACUGAGAGCCGCAGUGGCAGCAGCGAUAGUUGCUCUGAGCCUCAUACUUUCAUUGAAAGUGUUGAGUUGAAGACUUGGCAUCAUGGCGCAAGGGGGUAUCAGGCCUUGCUAUGCUCACAAAUUCGCACAAUCGUGGCAAAUAUGGUACUCAACUCUUUCCAAGAAGUACACGACGCAUCGCGAGGAUUAUCACUUGGCCGUGCAACAACAAGAUCAUGA